UGCAACACAUACAGUAACAGCAUUGUCCAUUGCCGAAAGAUGGAAGGCCUGUAUGGUGAAGAAGAGUGGGAUGAAGAUGAAGCAAUGCAAUACAUGAUUGAGCAGAGUCUGUUGGAAUAUGGCAAGUGCAAAGAUAAAACUAACAGUGAUCCUAAAUUAGAAUACAUUGACCAUGAAGAAAUCUUUACAGCCAUAUGUGCAGGAAAUGAAGAUGCCUUGCAGAUGCUUGUACAGCACAAGGCAGCCAUGUCCAUGGCAGACAACAGGGGAUGGCUACCUCUGCAUCAAGCAGCAGUCCAGAAAAAAAGGACAGUUCUGGAAAUCACUUUUUCAGUAUCUUCCAAGGGGGCGAGUGAGUCCCGCACACUGAAAGGAGAGACUCCUCUGUUUCUUGCCGUUGUGAAUGGUCUCAGAGAGAAUGCUACUUUCUUGCUCCAGAAUGGCUGCAGCCCUGACUGCCAGAAUGAGGAUGAGGACACUGCAUUAGUUGGGGCCAUAAAGAAUAAUCAUUACGACUUGGCCUCUCUUCUUCUACGUUAUAAUGCUACUGUGGACCAAAAAGGCAACCUCCAGAGAACUGCUCUGCAUGAAGCAUCUCUGUUAGGCCUAGAGGAUUUUGUGUACCAGCUUCUUCAGGCUGGUGCUGACCCUGAUGCCUAUGAUGCCACAGAACAUACACCUUUAGGACUCGCAAUAAAGGCUGGGCAUUUGAAUGUUGUGGAAAUCCUACUACAAAAAGGGGCCAGCAUAUGGCCAAAGCUUCACUCUGUAGAGUCUGUAUCAGUGCUGUUUGAAGCUGCAGCAUCUGGAAACCCUGAUAUAAUCGCACUGCUCUUGGAGUACGGAGCUGACCCCAACACUCCCACACACACAGGCCAUCUGCCCAUUCAUCGUGCUGCUUAUCGUGGCCAUCUGCUAGCACUAGAACAGCUGAUCCCAGUGACUAAAAAAGAGGCUAUUAAAGAGAGUGGUAUGAGCCCACUACACUCAGCUGCUGCAGGUGGACAUGCUCAAUGCCUUGAGCUUCUCUUGAACUCUGGGUUUGACCCCAACUUCAUGCUCCAUCCACGAGUGCGGAGGAACUACGAGGACGAGCGCAGAUCAGCACUUUAUUUUGCUGUGUCAAACAGUGACGUGCAGUCAGCAAGGUUGCUACUGAAGGCUGGUGCUAUGCCAAACCAGGACCCUGUCAACUGUCUGCAAGUAGCCAUGCGCCUGGGCAACUAUGAACUAAUCAACACUCUGCUGCGCUAUGGAGCAAAUGUGAACUACUACUCACGUGUAAAUACAACACACUUUCCCUCUGCCUUGCAAUAUGCUCUGAAGGAUGAGGUGAUGCUCCGGAUGCUGCUAAACCAUGGCUAUGAUGUACAGCGCUGUUUUGACUGUCCAUAUGGCCAGGGAUCUCACGUCCCUGUCGACUACGAGGGCUGGAGUGUUUCUGUGAUACGAGAUGUAGUGUUCUGUGAAGUGAUAACGGUGUCAUGGCUCAAACACUUUACAGGCCAGGUGGUAAGAAUCUUGCUGGAUUAUGUUGACCAUGUGACUUUCUGCUCCAAACUCAAGAAUGUCCUGGCAGAGCAGAAACAGUGGUCAGAAAUAUGUAAGAUUCAAGAAAACACUCGAAGCCUGAAGCAUUUAUGCCGUCUUAAGAUCCGCGAGUGUCUCGGCCGUCUGCGCCUUAGGGCUCCAAUUUUUAUCAGCUUUUUACCUCUGCCAAACACUCUGAAGGACUAUAUUCAGUUCAAAGAGUAUGAUAUAUACAACAAAGGAACUAUGGCACAGCUGGAAUAA